UGUGGGAAACGCGUGUUGGACGAAGCGCUGAUCUUCUUGACUCGCCGAUUUCGACGGACCCUCAAGAUGUGAACGGGCUUCGCGGCUGCUUUGUGGCGUGGAGUGUCGCGCUUUGUCUGGGCGGCGCAGUCCGGGCCGCGCAGUCUCUUUUCGAGGCGGAACAUGCUCUAAAAGUCUUCUCUCCGAGCCAGUGACUACCUGUGAGUCACCAUGACAACCAAACAGCCUCCCCCUUUGAUGAAGAAGCACAGCCAGACGGACCUUGUGAGCCGUUUGAAGACAAGGAAGAUCCUAGGGGUUGGGGGGGAGGACGAUGAUGGAGAAGUUCAUAGAUCAAAGAUCAGUCAAGUCUUGGGCAAUGAAAUAAAGUUUGCUGUGAGGGAACCACUGGGGCUCAGGGUUUGGCAAUUUGUGUCAGCCAUCAUAUUUUCUGGGGUUGCCAUUAUGGCUCUCACAUUUCCUGAUCAGCUCUACGAUGCUGUCUUUGAAGAAGAGUCUGUCAACAGCAAGACACCCAUCCGUCUGUACGGAGGAGCCUUGCUUAGUAUCUCCCUCAUCAUGUGGAAUGCCCUGUACACAUCUGAGAAGGUCAUCAUACGUUGGACCCUACUGACAGAAGCAUGCUAUUUUGGAAUACAGUUCUUGGUUACCACCAUCACUCUGGUUGAGAGUGGCCAGGCAUCCCUGGGAGCUGCUCUCCUACUCAUCAGCAGAGUCUGCUUUGUCUUCAUCAGCAUUUAUUAUUAUUACCAAGUUGGACGUCGACCCAAAAAAGUGUAAUUUCUAAGGCUUCCAAAGGGUGAGGGCUCAGGUGGGUGGGUUAUGUCAUAAACUUUACAUUCCAUUUGUUCACUUUAUUUUUUGUUUUUUUAAGAGCAGGCACUCUUCUUAACUCUAGCAUGCUUCUAUGUAUAAAUCCAGUGCUGGUGCCAAUGCCAGAUGAGGCAUGGAGGAGGAGAGAUUAGAGCUUGACUGGCUCCGUGAAGCCUGUUAGGAGAGGGCAACAAAGCUAAGGAGGGGGGCUAGACAGAUUCGAGGGAGGGGGAUAAGUUUUACAGAUAAAAGGAUUGCAAAUAAAGAUUAUUGUAGUACAUGUUCAAAAAUAUUUAUUACAUUGAAGCUGAAUUCAAAGGUAAAAACAGUGGAGUAAGUCCUGUGCAGGGCAAUCCAAUAGAGAGCAUCUCCUGCUGUCUGCUCAUUUGGUCUUGGGUCUCAGAGAAUAGCUAGUCCAUGUAUUGGAACCUGAGCUGGAAGCAAGUGUUGUUUGUUUGAUAGAAGGCACAAGAAGAGGCAACAUUAAGCCUUACUAUUUGACUGACAGUUAGGAGGACUUGAAACCUUUACAAAAUACUAUAGGAAUGGGUGUUGCCCUUUUAAUAAGCAUUAACUAAAGUGAUUUAUAUACUAAUUUAAAAAAUACCUAGUUUGUGUUUGAGGUUUGGAUUUUUUCCUAUUAGACUUGUUCCUAUUUGCUUAAUCUGCUCAUAACUUUUGUUGGUCUUUGAGCACUAGAGAUGCUUUCAGACAAUUCUGGAUACAGCUUAGUGAAAAAACAUUUUUUCACUUCCACCAAGUCAUACAAUUUAUUUGUUGUUCAAGGAAAUAUAAAUUCAGCAUAAUAUGCCAUAUUAUACAUCCUUACAAAUGGGCUACCAGGAUGUAACCAUCUGAACAGCUGCAUAAUUAAUUAAUGAAGGCCCCUGUAAUACUGAUCCUUGAGCUACUUUCAUGGAAUGGGAGAUCUGGUGCACGUAUGUCCACACAUACAUGUGUUUGCUCUAGAUGAAUGGGCAAAAAUUUUCCUUCAAGCCCCUUUGACAUGAACACACAUGAAGUGCCCUUAUAUUGAAUCAGACCAUCAAUCCAUCAAGGUCAGUACUGUCUACUCUGACUUUCAAGUGGCUCUCCAGGUUCUUGGGUGGAGGGGUUUCACAUCACCUACUAUCUGGUCCUUUUAAUUGAAGAUGCCAAGGAUUGGACCUGGGACCUUCUGCAUGCAAAGCAGAAGCUCUUCCAUGGAGACACAGCCCCUCCCCUUGAAGGGAUAUGGAAGGACAUAGAUGCUGACAGUAUGAAGUAUAUGUGGAUAUACACAUACAUAAUUGCUGUGCCAGUCUCUGUAAGGCAGCAAAAGCCUAUGAAUGCCUGCAGUCCACUGAAUAUACUGAAUUGCCAGAUUUCCCAAAAUGCAAACUGGCUCCUUUGCCCUAAACCUGUGUCCAUAAAACUAUUUGCAUAGAAAUUAUUCUUUCUGCAUGUGUAAGGUUGCCACAAAACCCUAGUAAGGCUUGUAUUCAACAGCUUCAAGUAAAAAAAAAGACAUCAUUAGUAUGAUCAGUUUUGUCCUUUAUUGUCUCCUUACACUGAUAAGGGGAAUAUCAGUCCAUGACCACCUCAGGAUGUAGUCCAGUACAGAACUUCUCAGUUCCAGAUGGUGUGGUUCAUAGAAGGUAGGCAGAGUAAAUGCUAUAAGACACUUCCCCAUAUCACAGCAUGCUAUAAGACACUUCCCCAUGUCAGAGUUGUACAAAUUUAAAGGUAGAUGCUGUACCCAUUGACUCAACCUCCCACCCUGUGUAAGUUGCAGUAGAAACUGUUAUUUUCUAAAUAGUAAAUAUUUAGUCAUUCUGGUUAUUAGCAUUUAUAUUUAAUCAAAAUUGAUCAGACUGACCACUAAGUAAAUGUUUUGUCAAUCUCCACUGCCUCAAAGUUGGUAGUAGUGAUGUGUGUAUUUCUCAAACGGCUAGAGUAAGUAAAAGUAGACUAGAGGAAUUAUUCCUGCUGUAGUGGGUUGAUGUAGGGCCAGUGAAUAUUUUCCUAGAUACUAAGCUCUUCUUGUCUUUAAUACACAAAGAGACCAAAGUUUGAGAUUCCCCUUAUCUGCCUUUGGGGGUUCCUGUACAUGGAUUCAAGAGUGAUUGUUUUGGCCAAGCAAUCCACAAAUGUAGUAGGCCCACUGUCAUUUGCCUUUCUUGGUAGAAGGUGGGGCAAUGUUCUAUCUUUCUUCCUUUAUCUUUUCAUAAACCCAACAAGGACCUCAACGUCUCUUUCAACCUCCCUUAAUGUGUACCUCACAAUAGUUUAGUUUUGUGUGUCCUCCGCUGCAAUGAGACCAGAGAGAAUAUAGUUGGCGUGAACGUCAAGACCACAGGAUAACGAAGACUGCUGAGACGGGAUGCACCAUUCUUGAGUAGAUAUGACUUUUAAAUAAGAAUGUGUGAAAUGUCCUGUGCUUGGAUGCAGAACCCGUCUAGAAACAACUAUUCUAUUCAGCUGUGACAAGCCUUGAUACUGAGACAGCACAUUCAAUAAGAAGAAAUCUCUCUGGAAAGUCAAAGUAACAGUCAGUAGAUUCUUGGUAUUGUGGAAAGGCUCUUGCUUUUAACACUUUAAAAAUUUGCAUGAACUUGGGAUACUGUGUGUUCUGCAUUGGCUGCACAAAAACCACACAUCACAGGUGAAGGUAAAUGCGAUGAUUAGAAGUGUACACUAGAUAGAAAGAAUCCAAAGCUUGUGCCUAGUAGUUCAAUAUAAGGUUAAAUUCUCUGUAGGAGCUAUUUUGUUAAUGCUACAUUCAAAUGUCACUUGCAGUCCUUGGACUGUGGAAAACAUGGCCCUUAUACUUAUGAAAUAAGCAUGAUUUUCCACAGUUGCUAUCUGGCUGUGAGCAUUUUGUUCCAAGAAGAGUUGAGCCUGACUAGUGCAAACUGAGUGAUAACUAGACUGCAGAAAAGAAUGCACUUAAGGCUUGCUACCACCUGCUGCUCAAACGGAUGAGAGGAUGUGGGUGUAAGGCAAGUAAUUGAUAAUUGCUCAGACUGUGACUUUUAAAACUUUUUAUCCCACCUUUUUGGUCUCUGUUGGUCCAAAUAUUUAUGAGGUAAACAUUUUUUAAAAAAUUACCAUUAACAGUAACAUUUUAUCUGCCAUUGCUUGUUUCUUGCAUUUCUGAUAUUAAAGAUGAAUUCUAUACAAUAAUAAGAACAGGCCAUAGCUCAGUGUUACUGUGUACAGAUGGUCAAACGUUCAUGCCAUGGUAUCUCCAUUUAAAAUGACUGCCUGUAGUACGAGGGGGGGGGGUCAGGUAGCUGCCAUUCAAAGUAGAUAGCAUAGCCCUAAAUCUGACUGAUAGCCUCCUUGAAGAAACAAGAUUCAGUAUUCAUCUUUUGCUCACCUACCUCUGCAGCAAAAAAACCCCUAUGAAUUUUGCAUAGGGAGAAGGCAGGGGUCUGGUUUUAAAGUGUUCCAUAGUGCUACUGGUGAAAACUGGAGGGUGGUACUCUUGUCUCAGGAAUUUUACCACAAAUUAAGCAUUCUCUACAAACUUACAGCCCUUCUGUUCAAGAUGGCACCUGGCAUGUAGCAGCAGGCCAUAUCAACAAUCAAAUGCUUCUGCACUGAAUGCAGACAGCUGUGGCCUUCUCCAGUGGACUGUGAAGUUGGCAAGUAAAACUCAAGGCAGAGUGCCAGGACAGCAGUCCAUCAGGCCAGACCUGGCAAGGCUUUUAAAGCUCACUACAGAGAGUUCAAUUCAUUCUGAUCACUGUAUCUUGUACUUCUCCACGAAGGCAAAGACCCACAGAUUGACAAAAAUAUGCCUAACAACAGGAUCGGGAUGAUGUUCAAUUGGGCUGGUAUUCAAAAGACAAUUCUGGAAAGCUGUGUUGACACUACUUUUUGUGUGACCUGUUCUCUCAUGCAUAAAUACAGUUACAAGAGAAGUGACUUUAUAGCUAAACAAAACAGAAGUUCAGCAGCACCUGAAAGACUUUCAGCAUUUAUUCCUGUGUGAGCUUUCAUGAGUAAGAUCACUUCUUCAGCCGCUGUAGAAAUAAAGAUCACUUUCCUCAUUUUUAUGCGUAAAAUUACAGGUAAGGGGAGAAAGGAAAGAGUUGAGCAUAGAUCUGCAUAAAAAUGAGAAAAAAGUUAUGUUCUUUCUUUCAUUGCAUCUGAGGAAGUGAGAUCUGUGAAUUCUGACACAUGAAAGCUCAUGUCAGAAUAUAUCUGUCUCUGGACUUUUAUUUUGUUUUGUUAUAGUAGACUAACACAAUUGUCUACCUCAUGCUGUUUGUGGGCAUUCACUCUAUACAGUUAGGGGGAGGUACAGUUUUGAUUUGACCCCAUUAAUUUCAAGGCUUCCAUGAUCAAUGUGAUAGCCAAAGAUGUUAUCCUCAUCAUACCUUGUACCUUUUCAGCCAGUUUGAAGACACUGCCUGCAUUGAUCUCUGAUUACCAGGAGGCUGCUUGAUCAUUUUUAACACUAUGUGCUAAAACAAUACCAUAUUAGCCAUCCAAGGAAGACAAUAAUUAAAAACUGGUGUAAAUACUCAAGACUGGGGUUUCAGAACCAGUCUCAUUGAAAAAGAUUUAGGUACAUGUUUGAAGGUUUGGACUGUAUUCCAGAACUUUAUCAAAAAAUACAAUGGCUUUGCGUGUAUAAAAACAUUCCCUGGUUCUUGUAUUUUUGGGUCACUUCAAGAGAUGAAUGUUUAAAAUAGAAAGCAAUUCAUGCCCUUCAUGGUUUGUUUGCUAAUCCAAAGAAGAAUGAAAAUAACAACUGGAGUAGGCUGACUUUCAGUCCCCUUACCAAUUGCAAGUUUGUGGUCAACGUUCUUGGCUUUUAAAUAAAACUCACUGUUGCUGUGUAAACACAUUAUUCCUUGCAGGAAAAAAAAUAAAG